GGUGGUGAAGGAUUCGUCGAGAGAUUCUAAUGGAGUUCGCCGCAAUGCUUUGGUGCUAUCCGGAAGCAAAAGACCGUCGUCGGAGUCUUUUCGGAGCAGUGAUGAUCGUCGAUUUAGCAAUGCUAAAAGAAUGAGAGUGGGUGUGAGUGCACGGAGCUACGGGUACAACAGCCGUUUACACGAUUCAAAAGAUCUUCGCCUGAAACUAACACGCAAGAGAAUGUCAAAGCAUAUAGAGCUCGAAAACGAGAAGCGUAAAAAGAUGGAACUACACGAGAAGGCAUCAAGAGCUACACCACCUUCUAGAAGGGCUGCUGAAACACAACCAAUAGGUUCAACGAUUAAAAAUUCUUAUGCUUCUUGGAAUUCAAAUGCAGUGAAAACGAGAUCCCCCGAAAGAAUUCGAAAUUUUCUGGUGGAUUUUCUAACAACCCCAUGAAUUCUAUUGGCCAACUGCCACAUGUACCAUCAAUUAGGCCGAUAGAUGCUUCAAGAGAAGAGCAUUUGUCGAUGAGGGAUGCCUUGGAAUCUUCUAGGCCUGAUUUACCUAUAUUCACCACUUCGAGAGGUUUUCUGGAUAAUGGCAAGAUGGUCACCGAUCUUCCUCCAGCAACAGGUCG